AAAUUUUGUUUCAAAAGUACUUUUUACACACGUUUUAAAUUUUUUGAAUUGUAAUGUAUGCAACUAUCAUUUUGUGUUGAAUUUUGCCAGUAUCGUAUAUACAAUUAAUCUCCACAAUUCGCCGAUGUUGUCUUUCAAGAAAGCUAUGAAAGUUAUUUAAGGUACUUUAAAACGCAACUAAAGAUAAUGAGUGUUUUCAACGAGUCUUUUUACCUCAUCAAUUGUUCGAGAACUUUACUAUUUGUGCCUAACGCACAAACUAAUGGAAGUGUAUAUGUAAUUAUUUGUUUACUAUUGAUUAUAUCUUUUCCAGUUGUUAUCAUGAACGUUUAUAUUGUUGGAAUAACCUGUUACUUCCGCAAUAUGCGCUCGGUUUCCAACACUUUGUUAGCCAUUAUAUCAUUUUGGGAUUUAUUAGUUGGAAUUUUCUCAAUCAUUCCAAUGAUAUUAAUUUUAAUAUUGUCAAUUUCACACGCACAAAAAUGCGGUUUACUUAUUUUUUCAAUGUUUACAAACUUUUUGUUUGGAUUAAUAUCGUUUCUAACAGUUUUCUUGAGCUCAAUUGACCGUUACUUGGCAACUUUUAAACCGUUUUUUUACCAGAAGCACUUAAAUGAAAACUCGAGAUUUUACAUAAAAUGCGCAAGUGUUAUUGCAAUAUUAGUUCUACUUAUUAUGUGCAUUAGCUUUACAUUAGAAAAAAAAUUAAAAUCACUGUUUAUUAUGUCAAUCGCCCCAAUUGUGAUUAUCAUUGUUUUAUAUAUUCAUACUCGACUGCACAUCCAAGUGAAGUUAGUCAGACGUAAGAUAUCAUCACUAGAUCCAAAUUUUAACGGAAGCAACUUUAGCAAAAAUAAAUGUACUAUAAAGAAUCUCAAUGCAUCAACUAAGAAGGAAGUUAGAAAAAAUCUAAAAAUAAACAAAUUUACAAUAAUGGUGUACGCAUCGACGUGUUUUUCAUAUUUACCAUUCGUUGUACUAUUAUAUUUGGUGCAACUUUAUAGCAACUCGCUUAUUUGGAAAUGGACUCGCUAUUAUUAUUUGUGGGCAUAUAUGUUGACAUUAACUAAACCUUUAGCAAACCCAAUAAUUUAUUUUUAUCGAUCUCGUAUCUUGCGUAGAAGUCUAAACCGUGUUAGACAAUCACUCUCCAAAUCCAAUCCUAAUGUUGGUGAAUAAAUUUUGAUGAUGAAAAAAAAAAAAAAAUAUUUUUGGUUUUUAAACAAUUUGUUUUUUUAAUAAAACGCAAAUUAGAAGAUAAAAUAUUGUUCUACAAACGUAUAGCUUAAAUUUUUUUUAAAAGUAAACUUAGCUAUGUUAACCACAUUACAAGGUUAGAGUUACCUUGUUUUAUUUCCACCUUUCAAAUUUUGAGGAGACAGUAUAUGAUAAAAAUAUUUGUUACUUGAGGUAUUAGUUACAUAACACAAUCAACAAGUCAAACGUUUUAUUAGGUGGAGAUAGUAUAAGAUAAUUCUAUUGGUUAUAAACUAAGUAAUGACUUUACUUAGUGUAAGUAUUGCUGUAAUAUUAUUUGACAUUAAUAUUUU